AUGGGAAACGAAAACUCGUCGCUGGUCAAAAUCCGUCGAGGAAGCAAAGAGCCGAAUGUGAUCAUCGAGUGUGUCGACUCGCCAAGUAAAAAAGACCAUCACACUCCGGUCUAUCGAAAGAAAUCGAGGCGAAGUGUGAGCCAGUCGAGGCCCACUUCUAUUAUUGAAUCGAAACGAUCAACUAUUGUACCGCCUAUUCCUGCACUGAUAAAAGGACAACUGUCUGGAGACGAUUCGAUUAGUAUUGGAUCGAGGAAGAGUUCUGUAUCAAACUUCCGACUAUCUAGCGACGGUUCUGGAGACUCUCUGCUGAGUCCACUGACAGCUUCAUCGAACGAUCGACGACGGAGUCGAAGUCUUUGUUCGGCACAAAUGAAGGACGACGCUCAGGCAGUGGCCGCCCAACAAAACAAAGACGAAAAGAAUGGAAGUGGUGGAAGAAAGGCGUCGAGUGGUCUCGUACCCUCAUUGAAUCGUCUUCGGAUUCAGCAGUGUUUUAAGGUGGCAAAACCCUCGAUCGGCGAUGCAAUAAUGAAGAGAGCCGCCGCUUCCCGCGCCGAAAUGAGAAUUUUGUUAUCGAAAAUGAACGAAAAACAGAUUGAAUGUCUCGGCAAACAGAUGUGGGAAUUGAUUACGGACGCCGUCGAAAAUGCGGAUAAAUCGGAGAAGGUGCUAACCCACGCCCGCCAAUUCGGUGGAACCUACGCCUCCCUGUGCCCCCUUGGCUUCCGACCCGAUCUCUUCGCUCCACUCGCCGACGCCGCCAUCGCAGAAUGCGUGAAACUAGACGGCGUUCACAAGAGAUGUGAAACCCUCUCAGCAUGGAGUCAACUAUUCUCCGCUUUGUUCACAGGAGUCCGUGAUGGCUAUUAUCAGCGAGUCCGGCAUCAGAGAAGGACCUCACUUCCUCAGAAUACUAUUACGAAGCAGACUCCAUCAGCCACAAGACUCUGUCCAUAUCUCAACGGAUCGCCGGCCUUGAUGGCAAACUUAAUAGUGGGCGGAGCUUGGAAGACCAAGACGAUCGUCGAUCCGAGACGGAACUCUCCGACACGUUCUCCGGGAAGGAACGGCGCGUGGAUUUCCGUUUCGGUAUUCAUGAUUUUUUGA